AUGGCAUCUGCUGAUCCGAGUGAGGAGCUGGAAUGUUUCAUCUGUCUAAACCUUUCUUCAGAUCCAGUAACUUUGAAAUGUGGACACAACUGCUGCCUGGACUGUAUUGGCCAUGUGUUAGAUACACAGGAGAGGUCUGAAGGUUAUUCCUGUCCUAAAUGCAAAGAAGAGUUUGAGGAGCUUCCUACACUGCGUAACAUGGUGGAUAAUUUCCUGUCUGCUCGGCCAGAUCAGGAGGAGUUCGGUGUCACCUGCACUCCAUGUAGUCACACUCCUGUACCUGCUAUAAAAUCAUGUCUGUCACACAGAGGAGCGUCACCAUGCAAUCACCUGGGAUUCCACAGCAAGUCACCAGAACACGUCUUCUGUGACCUUGCCACUUCCCUGGAGAACAGGAAAUGCUCCGUCCAUAAGGAACUACUGAAGUAUUACUGCACUAAGGACUCCACCUGUAUCUGUCUGUCCUGUAGGCUGGAUGAGGAACACUGGGAGCACCAGGUGGAGACUCUGGAUAAGGCCUCUGAGAUCAAAAAGAAGAAACUGAGAAAUGUUCUGCCGAAACUGAUGGCCGAGAGAGAGGAGAUGGAGGAAAGAGUCCAGAGUCUGCAGGAACACUGGAGGAAAGUACAAGGAAAAGCAGAUGAUGAAACAGAGAGAGUCACUGUCCUGUUCAGAGACCUUGGGAGACGUCUGGAUGACCUGGAGAGGAGAGUCCUGAGUGACAUCUCUGGGCAGGUAGAGCGGGUCUCUCUAUCAGUGUCUGAUCUGAUCCAACAGCUGGAAAUAAAGGAGGAGGAGUUGGUCAGGAAGAUGGCUGACAUUGAGGAUCUGUGUAACACGACGGAUCCACUGACUGUCCUACAGGAAUCGGACACAAGUGACUUGUGUGAUGAGGACAGAGAGCGACAUGAUGAACUCCUCUAUGAUGGAGGGGAUCUGAAUGUGGCGGGGAUCUCACAAACAUUACACAUAGGGUUAUCUGAUAUCAUGUCUGGGGUAAAUGUCCAUUCAUUUGCAGGCACACAUGUGUAUCCAAUUUUUUGUGCAAAGAACAAAGUUAUUUCAGGGUUAACAGACUUAUUACUGGAUGUGAGCACAGCUGGUAAUACUCUACGCAUAGCAGAUGACAGGAAAACGUUAUCCUUCUCAUCAUCGCAUCUGAAUCUCCCAGAAACACCAGAGAGAUUUUGGUGUUCUCAGGUGUUAAGCAGUCAGAGUUUCUCUUCAGGUCGACAUUGCUGGGAAGUCAAUGUCCGAGGGUCAAAUUGGUGGAGAAUUGGUAUGUGUUACCCCAGUAUAGACAGGAGAGGAGUUCAGUCAGUGAUUGGAUAUAAUGAGAAGUCCUGGUGUUUGGAGAGGUAUGGAGGUAAUAGCUACUCGGUGAUCCAUGGUAGUAAGGAGAUCCCAAUACCUGGCAGUGUCUAUGGUAACAGAAUCAGGAUAGAUCUGAAUUAUGGGGCCGGGCGGAUCUCCUUUUAUGAGUUGUGUGACCCGAUCCGAUUCCUCAUCACCAUCACUACCACCUUUACUGAGCCCCUCCAUGCUGGGUUAGGUGUAUGGAAUGGUUGUAUAAGGCUCUCUUUAGCAUAUCAGAUGUGA